AUGGCACCACUUGACAUUAAAAUAGAAAUUGUGCUAGACAAAAACAAUGUAAAAUAUUAUCCAGGAGAUUCAAUUGAAGCCAAAAUAUUUUUAACGUCCAACCAAAACUGUAGUUUGCAUGACUUUCGCCUAAACUGGACAGGCCUUAUUCAAGUACAACCUGUUCAAUUCAACAAGGAAAAUCGUAUUUAUUUUAACGAGUGCUGGAAACUCGGUCCUACAUUGAUUAAAUCAAAUACAAAGACAUCUAAAGGGAACAGCAACGUGCCUUUUUACCAUACUCGCCUGAUCCUAUCUUCCAACAAUUACGAUCCUGAACCAAGACUUGAUCUACCAAAGAACAAAACGGUAGGACUAUCUUUUGUAGUCCAUGUGCCAAACGAUCGCCCGUUACCUAGCUGUACAGAAUUAAGCGCAUCACCAAACAAGAUUAUGUACUUUUUGGAAGCAUUUAUCUUGGAUCAAGACAGUAAACUGUUCCUGACACAAAAAUCAGUUCCUGUCUAUGAAGCUAUUUAUACACGUACGCCUGAUAUGAUGAUACCUCAAAGAAUAGAACAAGUAUUUAUGGUGUCUUUAUUCACUCAAGAAAAGAAGGAAUUCGCAUCUGCCAUGCGCGUUACUUUACCUUGUCGAGGCAGUCAAGCGGGCAUUGCUAUUCCUGUUUCUAUUUCUAUUUGGAAUAACAUGGAAUUUACUCGAAGACAAGGUAUUUCUGUCUCUUUAUUUCGUAUCAAUCAAAUCCUGGCUAAUGGAAGAGCAUAUACAUCGCAAGGAGAAAAGAUUCAUCGUGUGGUAGCAGACCUAGACAUCACAGGACAAGACAGCCAUAACAACCAAAAAAUGCAAGUUAUACGUGUAGGAUUACCAAUUCCUAAAGGCACUAUGCCAACCAUUACUUUUGAACAAAGUCAGUUAAUAUCUGUCAGCUAUUUCAUUCGAGUUCAGAUCUUUGCUCAAGAAGGUGUCUAUACAACAUCAGAGGGUAAAAAAUCUCAGUUCAUGAUGGUUGAUUUACCAUUUAUUGUGGGCACAUUGACAACACCCUCAUUCACAACCUCAUCUUCAUCUUCAUCACCUGUCAUUACGCCUCUUUCAUCGCCUGGACAAACGUAUAACUCACUAUCCAGUGUUCUUAACACCCAUCAGCCCAAUAUGCAACCUAGUUUUGAUUCUUAUUCUUCUUCUGGCAAAUCCAUCACUGAUCCUACAUCACCUACAUUAGGUUCUGUAAGUCCUGAGUCAACAAAAAAAUCACCAAGAGGAAGCAUUAGUGGUAUAUUUAGAAAGUCAUCAACGGGUGGUGCAUCUGUAUCAUCAGGCCAAUCUUCAUCUGAUAACGAAAAAAAGAAAAAGAGUGUGUUUUCAACAUUAAAGUUGUACAGCCGUAGCAAAAAGCAGACUGAAGAGCCUCAACCAGAAGUAAAUCCUACUGUUAUAAUGACACCCAAGAAUGAGCAGCGUGGCGUAUUUAAUCUUUUUGAUGACAAUAUUACGGAUGAUGAAUUAGAUGAUAACAAAAAAAAUGUCCCGCCUACUCCAGCUAUUGUUCCACAGCCUGAACAACCGACAAAGCAACCAGCUAAAGUGUUUAAUAUGUUUCCUGAUGAUGAUUCCGACGAAGAAGAGCAAAAACAAGAACCAAUCAAAGAACCAGAAAGUCAAGCAAGAGUGUUUAAUAUGUUUCCUGAUGAUGAUUCUGAUGAAGAAGGAGAAGAAAUGCCCGCAAAAGAAACCAUGGAUCAACAGCCAAAAGUAUUCCAGAUGUUUGAAGAUGAUGACAGUGAUUCUGACGAAAGUGUUGUGCGUGAUUUACAAGUCUCCACUAAUCAAGCUGAGCUCUUACAAGAUGAGCGAGUCAAACCACAUCAUCAAGAGCAAAAGCCGAAUGAAGUGAUUUACAAGCCCAAUACUCUAGAUGAUUCAACCACAGAUGAAGAGAAUUUUCAUGAUGAUUUACUGAGUGCAUUAGCUCUUAGAGAGAAGUUGUUGCUGUCAAAUCAUGAUAAAUAA